GGCUUCAGUCCAAAUUUUGUUGCAGUUGAAUAGCAGAACAGCACAGUUUUACCAUUCAGUACUCAGUCAGUAUUCAGUACUCACUAUAGCGUUUGACAGCUUUGAGACGAAUGUUAUUGAAGAAAGCUGCUGUUUAUUCCAUCGGCAAAAAAAAAAAUCACUUGAGCCGCGAACUGUGAGCAUGCAAAACGAGUUCUGUAUUUAUAGUUUAAAGAAAAAGGAAAAUGUUGGGAUGUAGAAUUAUGUCCCUGAGAAAAUGCGGCGGAGUUCCAUGUCAGAGGAAGCUGAGGAAUUUUUACUCCAGGGAGAGUGGAAUGGAUAAGUUGGAAUUCUGGAGUUACGUUAAACUUGACAACUGAGAAAAGAAGGGAAUCAGCACAGCAGAGUCAUGCGUCGCUUUGACAAGCUGAGGAGAUCCAUUCCGUUUCUGGCACGUUUUCAUGUUUAUAAAAAGCUCAGUGGGAGCAUGCAGUCAGAUGAGGGCACAGAGUGGCUUCUUGAACUUCUCACCGAGGUGCAGCUGCAACAGUAUUUCCUUCGCAUCCGUGAUGAUCUCAAUGUCACCCGGCUCUCCCACUUUGACUAUGUGAAAAAUGAAGACCUUGAAAAAAUUGGAAUGGGGCGACCAGGCCAGAGGCGACUAUGGGAAGCUGUGAAACGAAGGAGGGCCAUUUGCAAGCGCAAAUCGUGGAUGAGCAAGGUGUUCAGUGGAAAGCGACCCGAAUCCGAGUUCCAGCCUCAGCCGGGAACGACGUUUCGCAAACUACCAACUCCGCCACCACCACCGCCAGAAGGGGACCAGUCACUGACCUGUUUGAUCAGCGAGAUAGAUCUGACGUUUUAUGAGAAAUUAGGCGAUGGAUCCUUUGGAGUUGUCAGGCGGGGUGAUUGGCAGUCGCCUUCUGGCAAAGUAAUGAAUGUGGCUGUGAAGUGCUUGAAAACAGAUGUGUUAAAUCAACCCGAUGCUUUGGAUGAUUUUAUACGAGAAGUGAAUGCCAUGCAUUUUCUGGACCAUCUCAACCUUAUCCGCCUAUAUGGUGUUGUUCUGACCCAUCCAAUGAAAAUGGUUACAGAACUGGCUCCACUUGGUUCUUUACUGGAUCGAUUGAGAAAAAACCAAGGCUACUUUCUCAUUUCAACACUGUGCCAAUACGCAAUACAGAUAGCAAAUGGCAUGGCUUACCUCGAGUCUAAGCGCUUUAUUCAUCGAGACCUGGCAGCUAGAAAUAUUUUACUGGCCUCGAAUGAGUUGGUGAAAAUUGGAGAUUUUGGACUCAUGAGAGCUCUUCCACAGAAUGAUGAUCACUACGUCAUGCAGGAACAUCGCAAGGUUCCCUUUGCUUGGUGUGCACCUGAAAGUCUAAAAACACGAACAUUCUCACAUGCCAGUGAUACCUGGAUGUUUGGUGUCACUCUGUGGGAAAUGUACACAUAUGGUCAGGAGCCUUGGGUAGGCCUCAAUGGGAGCCAGAUUUUGCAUAAGAUCGAUAAGGAAGGAGAGAGGCUGCAAAGGCCUGAAGAUUGUCCGCAGGACAUUUACAAUGUAAUGCUGCAAUGCUGGGCGCACAAACCCGAUGACAGACCAACAUUUGUGGCACUCCGCGAUUUUCUGAUUGAGGCCCAGCCCACAGACAUGCGAGCCCUGCAGGACUUCAGUGAACUAGACAAACUGCAAAUUCAGAUGAACGAUGUGAUCACAGUCAUCGAGGGCAGGGCUGAAAACUAUUGGUGGAGAGGACAGAAUAAGCGCACACUGAAGGUGGGGCAGUUCCCACGAAAUACAGUGACAUCCGUGGCAGGCCUUUCAGCCCAUGACAUCAGCCAUCCGCUCAAGAACAGCUUUAUUCACACGGGGCAUGGAGAUACCAAACUUGAUCGUUGCUGGGGAUUUCCUGACAAAAUAGAUGAAUUGUACCUGGGCAAUCCCAUGGAUCCACCAGAUGUACUUGGACUGGAUAUGAAACUGACCAGGCCAACACAGCUGCCAGGAAGAUCAAAGAAGGAGCCUCCUCCACGUCCUCCUCAGCCAACAAUCUACGGCAAGAGUAAGUUGCGGCAUUUUCUGCAGUUUAAGGGAUGUUCCUGCCCUCUCUGUUCCAUGUUAGCCCCUCUCUUUAAAGAGCCUGUCUAUGACCCUGUGAUUGAGGAGGAAUCUGCAGGCUCUCUACCACUAAAGAAACUCAGCCUGAAGAAACACGGCCCAGCAAAGUCUUUAAAACUCAACAAACCUGCUGCUCGUGUUUCCGCCACAAAGUUGGGUGACAAGCCAUCGGACUGGAGCAGAUAUUCGGGUCAUAAUGAGGUGGCUCUGAUUGACUUUGGAGAUGAUCAAACAAGUCACACUCCAUCUCCUGUAUUGGAGAACACGAUUCCUACACUGGCCAAAUUAGUGUUGGAGUCGUACUCUCUGCUGGACAGGACACCGCCGCAGAGUCCAACCAGAACUUUGCCGAGACCUCUAUAUCCAGUUCCAAUCGUUGACUGGGAUUCCAAACCCUUGCCUCCACCCCCAGCCUAUGAUGAUGUUGCUCAAGAUGAAGAUGAUUUUGAAGUCUCAUCAAUUAAUAGUCUAGAUAGCGGAUUAAUUGAAGAGCGAUCAAAGUACGGAACUCCUCAGUUGGCAAGAAAUCAAGAAUCAGGAGAAACUAAUUAUGCGUUUGUACAUGACUCGGAUGGCAAAGGAAAGCCCAAAGUGGAGGAUAAUUUGUUCCUUCCACCAAGGCAGAUGAAGCAGACCACCUUUUCUCAGUCCGCUGAAAUAUUUGAGGAACUGCAACAAGAAUGCAUGAAAAGACUUAACGUCCCUAUUAUUUCAACUCCAGCCUCCUCACCGAGUCCCAUCUCCCUGUCAGCAAGUGCAUCUCCAACUACUUCCGAUGAUAAACCUCAGAUCCCACCACGGAUUCCCAUUCCUCCACGGCCUUUGAGGAGAAAUGAGCUAGGCCGUUGGUCUGGUGAGUUAUCACCUGCAUCUGGAGGUGAAGAGGAUAAGCCUCCACAGAUUCCUCCCAGGGAUCCAUUGUCCCAGCCAUCCUCAAGAACUCCAAGUCCAAUGGCAAUUCCAGUUAGUUCCCCACAACAAAGGACAAGUGCAGCUUCAAUGGCAACAUUGACUGUCGGUGCAUACCUCUCAACAUCUCCCAGCAAGUUAAUGCCCACCACUCAGAGUUUUGCCUCCGAUCCAAAAUAUGCUUCACCCAAAGUUAUUCAGGCACAAGGAAAGGAUGUUUCCAAGGGACCCUGCAUCUUGCCAAUAGUAAAGGAUGGCAAGAAGGUGAGCAGCACACAUUACUAUUUGCUUCCAGAGAGACCUCCUUACUUGGACAAAUAUGAGAAAUUUUUCAAGGAGGCCGAGUGUGUGGAUGAACUGUGUUCCAAAAGAUCUGUGACCACGGCAACGGUGAGGCCAAUGGUCCAACACCCUGAAUACAAAACUAACUUUUCAUCCAACAAUAGCAAUGCAAACCCUGGGAUUACAGCAAUUAAAACUUCUCAGAGUCUGCAAAGAAUCUCUUUUGAGAGUUCCACUGGGAAAAUGGACUGUUUUACUCCAACAGAAAAAAUUAAAAUAGUUCAGGAGAAUGUUCAUGGCGUUACGAUGGAAGAAUGUCAGACUGCGCUUCAGAACCACGCCUGGAACCUUCAAAAAGCCAUACAGUACCUCAAGGUUGAGCAGCUAUUCUGCCUCGGGUUGAAGACAAGAAGUGAAUGUCAGAAGAUUCUAGAAAAGUUUGACUGGAAUCUGGAAUUAGCCAGUUGCCACCUGCUAGACACUUACAGUGCAGCUCGACAUAGGCGAUGACAAGCUUCAUGGUGGAGGAAAAUAAUUUAAUACAAAUUGGAUAACUGCUGCAGUGUCUUCAGGGUUGUGGGACACAGGCGUCCUCUGGACAGAAUUUUCUGAACAUUUUAUUUUGUGAGACAAAAGAUAUCAAAUGACUGGAACUAAUGAAUCUUGCACUAGUUGUGCACUGCGGUCCUGCUGUAGAUGGGAAUCCGCUUCUCAAUAACAGUAUUCUUCACAAGCGACAGGUUGUUUGUUUUGUUCUUGGCGAAAAGAUUUGUAAUUUUGUGGCAUGCGGUAAUCCCAACAGCCUUCUGUAUAUAAAUAUAAAAUAUAUAUAAUAUAAAUUUUAUUUGACAAGUUGAUGGUAGAUUGCAGUUGUGUUUAUAUUUUGCAUUGAAUUUGUCAUGUUGGAUGUUCUAAUAAUUAUUUAAUUUGUUUUCCUAAAAGACAGUUGAAUGAGUUUAACAUUCUGAGUUUUGUAUCCAGGUAAAGUUUAUCCAUUUUAGAUUUCUUCAAGGAUGUAGAUUUUUGAAAGCUAUUAGUGUGACCAUUACUGAUUGAGGCUUGGUAUUAAGCUAGUCAUGCUAAAUCUGUCAAAGUGGUUUUCCUUUUCUGUAAUACGGUGCACUUAAGUGUCCCUACCGUGUGCUGCAGUUCUCAAUAAAUCUAUAACAUGGAAUAAUAGAUAUUAGGCCAUAAAUUACAGAAGUGUUUUGGGAUUGGGCAUAGUCCUCAUCAGCAUGAGCAGAAGGCCCAAGAUCGCUAAAAUUGCAAUUUAAAACCCAAGGUGCAUAUAUGUAUUCUCAUGAAGUUCUGAUGAGCUGUAUUAGUUCACAACGUGAAGAGCUAGUUCUUGCCACCAGCAAAACGACUAAUGAGUCAAAGAAAGAAUGGAUACAACUUACUGCAGCUUUUUGUGUCUAUCUGCAGAAGUGAAGCCUCUUUCUAAACAAUGUCUUACAAAUUGAAAACUCUCAUGACUAUACAUCACCACUGUAAUUAACUGGAUUCCCCACUCAGGUUAGAUGACAUAGCAAAAAUAAAACGGGGAACACUGGCAAGUGUCAAUUAAGUUUAGGGGGGUAAAAGGUUGUAUCUAAAUUGCAAAUUAAAAAAAAAAAUUAUUGGUGAUAUUUAAACAGACAAUGACCAAGUUAGGGGAGAAACCCAAUUCAAGAUCAUAAAGUCUCCUGUACUCUUCAUGGACAAACUGAGGUUACUUCAGGCUCCAAAAUGAUACAAAUUUAAUUGCGCUGAGCUCCUUAUCCAUUGCCUCACUUAAAGCCUUUUUGAUUCCAUCUUUGGAACUUCCUGCCCUAACCGUCAGCUGCAGAAACUUUCCAACACAGUUGUCAUUUCUAGACAUGGCAUUCGUUGCCCUUCCAUAUUCAUAUUUUCCAUAAACUAUGAUGAAUUUCAAACUUUGCUGUUAAUAUUCUAUCCUCUACACCCAUCAUCCCUGUGCUCUAAUUUGCUCUAUUUGGUGUUUGCCCCUGAUUUAAAAAAUCUACACAGAAAUGUAAAUUACGUUUCCUUGGGAUUCAGAUUACAAUCAGCAUUACUAGCAAAAGCUGUUUGGCACUCUCUCUAAUAUUACAGUAACAGAAUGUUAUGACAUUUACCCAAAGUUUAAAUGUGGUAGCAGUGCCAAAGUAAAAAGGUAGAUAUUGUGGGUUGAUUUUUAUUCUGCACUAUGUUAUUUUGGAUCAUUAUUUGCUGUUAUGAAACCUUCAGAACUAGUCAGUUUACCAGGUUCCUAUUUAGCAACAUGGUGAUUCGAAUAGGAAGUUGGGUGGACCAGUCCCAAGAUUUUUCAGGUUCUACUGCUGCUCUGUAUGGCUUUAUUGAAUGAUCAGGAAAAAGAAAGUCUUCCAAAAAAAAUAAUUUUGAGUUUGGUUCAGUCCAUUCAAGAGAAUGGAUGGUCCGAACUGCCAAUCCCAUUGUUGCUCAACCAUUAGCUUGUGAGAGUGAAUAAACUACCUGCAGGUUUUGGCCCAGGUUCUCGGGCUGGUCUAAUUCCACACUUUGGUAUCAGCGUGCAUGUUCAUCAAAUCUGAAUAAACCUUUGUCACUGUGGAAUAUUUCAGAAAUGGGGACUGUGGUAAUCUAUUCCUGAGGACUGCAGUGACACUUAUUCAUCAGAAACAAAAUGAGAAUACCAUUGCACCUUUAUUUAUUCAAAGAUGUUGUUUGUUAAAAUAUGUUCUACAGUACUGCACAUUUUGAUAAUUUAAUUGUUCAAAAAAGCUGUUAUUAAUAACUUACAACAAGUUAUUCCAUAAUUAAUCUGUGAAAGAAAGUCAUUGCAUCAAGUCAAAGCCUGGCUAAGGAACCCAUAUUUAAUUAAUUAAUUCAUUAAACUUUAAUUAUCUAUAACUGAUUCUUUGGUGUAAGUUUGCUGCCACAAAGGCAAAGAGGAUCAGAAAAUAAGUGGUGAAAAUUCUCAUGAUCAGUCUUUACAAUGUUCUUUCUGAGUCUCUCUGCUUUAGCUUUGGUGAACCCUACCUUUGUCCUCCUUGCUUCAGCCAGGUCAGGUGGGAUAGUUCAUCACUACUAGUUUCCGUAAAUCCACAGCGACUGUUUACUCUUAUUAUUCUCUCCGCAGUGAAACAAUCUUCUGCGUAGAAGAGUAUCUGCUUGAGAACUUUUUUUACAAAAUAAGUCCUUACGCCAGGUUUGUUUGUGUUCUGAUAUUCAUGUUUUUGGCUGGAUUUCAGCAAUCUAAUGCUGGGGCUGCUUAAAAAACCUUCCUCUUUAACGGUGUAUAGAACUUCCCACAAGAAAUGUAGUUAAUGUGAUUGAAUGCAUCCAAAUCUUGCUCUAUCAAGUAAGAUGUGAGAAAGGAUCUAAGCUACAGAAUGAUAGCAUCAAUCAUCUUCAGGCCCCAAUAUGCCACCCCAUGCAUGGCCUGAUCUGAAAAAUCACAUUGAUUCAUUGAUAAAGGCCAUUUUCAAUGGGACAGUUGCUCAAAUGACCAAUUCUGUGUAUGCUCUAAAGCAGAGAUGUGACUUGUACCCUUUACGUAUGGACGUCAUCUGGGUGGGCAGAGGUGUGGGACUCUGAGAAAAUCAACACUGCACAUUUGUAUAAAGUUUAUUUUUCAAUCUGUUUUGUAGAAGCUCAGUUGUUGCAUGUCUUAUACUCAGCAUUUCUUGGAUUGCAACAUUGUCAUAAUGCUACAUUUUUAAAAAAUAGUAGUGUUAACUCAGGUAUUGUUGGAUCCUUGUAAAACGAAAAAAAUAAAAGUUGUUGUACUGAAAUGUGAGGUAAUUCCCACUAUUAUAAAAAAAAACGGUCCAUAUGUUA